UCUUCGAUCUAAGAGAGGAAUCACGGAAACUCCCUUUACCGGAUGCAAGUGUCAUUCUCUUAUCUUCUAGACAGCGCUAUCCACGAUCUCUCAAAAGCCACGAACUCCCAACCACUUACCAGUCGAUCGUACUGCGUAAUUGAGCAACAAAAAACGCAAUCCUUUCAUUCGUCUGUACAAAGUCUUUCUAUUUACAUGAGAACGCUGCGUAAAUACACGAAUUUUCAAAAAUAGAUCGAUAGAAAUAAAACCUAAAGAGAUGUACGUAACAGGAAAAUUCAGAGUUUUUUACUGAGCUCGUUUCUUCGCAUGUUUUUAUUGAGUAAUUCCCUUUCUUUUGGAUAGUGUUCGAAAAAAAAGAAACGAGAGAGGUAGGGAGGGAGAGAGAGAGAGAGAGAGAGAGAGUGAGAGACAGAGAAAGAUAACGAGAAGCUACAUGAAAGACAGACCUUUAAAAACAUUUAUUUGAGGGAGAGAAAAAUAGAAAGAAAAAGAGAAAAUGAAUUCGACCCCUUAUUCUACACCGUAUCCGCCACCAUCACCUGGUGCAUUCCCACUGUCUCAACCUGGAGUACCGCAACCUGAAAUGCCACAACUCGGAAUGCCUCAUCCUGGAAUGUUGCAACCUGAAAUGUCACCUGCCGGAGUGCCAUCAUAUGGAAUAUCAGUACCACAAUCUGGUGCGCCACAAGAUGGCUGGUCAUCGCCGAAUACGAUUUGUCCACUCGGUUUGGAAUACCUUAUUGCCCUGGAUCACCUGCGUAUACAACAACAAUAUGAAAUAUUGGAAGCUGUCGUUGGAUGGGAGACUGAGAACAAAUACCACAUAACGAAUGCUAAUGGUCAGCCACUAUAUUACAUUGCGGAGGAAUCGGAUACGUGCGCGCGAUUGUGCCUUGGUGCUUUACGCUGUUGUGAAUUUCGCGUGGUCGACACUAAUCAGAGGGAGGUCCUGCACAUGGUACGACCGUUCAGGUGUUCGGGCUGUUGUUGUUCUUGUUGCAUGCAGGUGUUGGAGGUAUAUUCGGGAGGAGUGCUUCUCGGUACAGUAACAGAAAAUUGUAGCAGUUUCUUCAGGCCUUCGUUUUCUAUUCGCAAUGCGUCUGGGAAAACAGUUUUAAGGGUAAAGGGACCAUGGUUUAGAUGUUGCGGAACCGUGAGAUUUAAGAUAAGGUCCGCGGAUGAUGUACAUAGAGUUGGGGAAAUUAAAAAGAAAUGGGGCGGUUUCACUAGAGAAAUUCUCACGGAUGCUGAUAACUUCAGCUUGCGUUUUCCUAUAGAUUUAGACGUUAAGAUCAAAGCGGUGUUGCUUGGUGCCUGUAUUCUUAUCGAUUUUCUAUAUUUCGAACGGAACGGAAGGCGCAGCGUAUAGAAUUCGUAGAAUGAUUGAAAGAAUUCUAUUUAAAGACUUGAAAUUAGUGUCUUUUCUGCCGUGUUCUAUUGGAGAAGAAACACUUUACUGUGAAGAAUCGCUGAUAUAUAUCGAGAGCUUAAAUUUUAAACUUCAAAGAUUCGCCAUAUUUUUUAUAUCAAAUUUAUAUAAUGAAUAUGCACAACGUUGUCAAAUAACCUGUCCAAGUGCAAUUAUUUAAUUGCUGUUUGCUAUUUUUGUAUUCAAUUUUGGAAAGGAUCAUUUGUGUAUACUUACACGCGCAUACAUCGCUCUUUUUCUCAUAAGGGAAGUGUUCUGGAUUAUGCGAACAAAUACUUGCCCUGCAACUUACGUGAUAUGAUGUUGCAAACUAUUAGAUUGUAAGUCUUUAAUUUACAUUAAUGCAAUAUUACAAUGUAUCUAUACUUGUACGUAAGAUGUAAUUUUAUAUAAUUACGAGUCACAAAUACUCUUUUUAUAUUUUUGUGCGUUUUUCAAAGGGCAUUCAUAAUUUUAAAAAGUAAUUGCUACUUGAAUCUUGUCAUUUUUUUUCUUGAUAUUUAAAUUACUCGAGAGUUCACGAAAUAAAGAUUUAACGUUGUACGAUCAAACGACUUUAUUACGACCGUUUAUAUCAGAUUUACAUCAGAGAUAUCAAAAGGGAUAAAGUAUCAAAAAAGAAAGGAGAAGAUAUUAUUGUGUACGUUCUUUUAUUCGUGUUUCAAACUCACAUCUUCAUACAUCUGAUAGUGAAGUUGUCGUCGCGUCAGCUGCAGCAUUUAGCAUGCUAUAUUCGUCGCAGAUGUUCUUAGUUUUGGUAAAAAAUGAGAACGGAGAAACAAUAUGUGUGUAACAUCCUUUCCAACACACGUUACAAAAUGGCCGCUGAGAUGCUGCAGACAUUGCAUUCGUUGCGUUUUUCUUUUUCUUCUUUCUCUUUAAUACAUCAAGAACCGGAUUCACGCGCUAGAUUUAGAUUUCAAACUGGAAGCUCGAAGCUUCCUUGCCAUAGCCUCGAGUUCUCUUACACCCAAGAUAUAUCUUUUAUUGAUAAUUUUUAUAACACACAGUUACAUCCUGUUAUUGAGCGUAAAUUCCAUCAUAUUUCUGGAGUGAAAAGUAAUCUUACAUUUAAAGAGGUAAAAAAUUGUCGAAAUCAACAUUCUCGGAGGAAUUCUGAUGAGUUGUCAAAGCAACAGCACAGUUCAGAUGUAGAAUUAUAUAAUUAAAUUCAGAUACAAUACUUUCAAAAAAAUGUUCCUUGCCGUUCCUUUUUUUUUUUUCUCUUGUUUCAGCCAUACAAAUGCGUCUUCUUAUACUUAUAUCAAACGGCGGCGACUCGUGACCAAAAAACAGAGUCAAAAAGGAUCGAAAUCGAUUUCUCUUGUGAUGGAACACCGUACAAAAAUCCAAGGUGUUCUCAGCGUGUUAACCGAAAAUGGUUUUACGACUCGGCCAUCAUUUUGAAUCACAUGUAACGAUAUAUGUACGUAGCUGUCUUCUUUUCGUCGACGUCAGACGUUAUUACAAACGUUGAAGGACUUUUUUUUUAUCACGGGAUAACACAGGGUGCUGGUACAAAGGAUACUUCUGACAGACGGAGGUACAAAGAGAGAAAAAC